CUUUGAGCAGCUUUGCAUCAACUUUGCCAACGAGAACCUGCAGCAGUUCUUUGUGCGCCACGUCUUCAAGCUGGAGCAGGAGGAGUACAACCUGGAGAACAUCAACUGGCAACACAUCGAGUUCACCGACAACCAGGACGCUCUGGACAUGAUCGCCAUCAAACCCAUGAACAUCAUCUCCCUCAUCGACGAGGAGAGCCGCUUCCCCAGGGGCACAGACACCACCAUGCUGAACAAGCUGAACUUCCAGCACAAACUCAACACGUACUACAUCCCUCCCAAGAACAACCACGAGACUCAGUUUGGCAUCCAGCACUUUGCUGGGGUGGUUUACUACGAGACGAGAGGCUUCUUGGAGAAGAACAGAGACACUUUAUACGGGGACAUUAUCCAGCUGGUUCACUCCUCCAAGAACAAGUUCAUCAAACAGAUCUUCCAGGCUGAUGUUGCUAUG